CCGGGACCCCGUGAGCGAGCGGGGAGGUUGACAGUCGCGCUCCCGGUCGCCGUGGCGAAUGCCACCGCGGCUGGCGGGCAAAGGGCGAGCUCCGAGCUCCCGGCAGGAGCGGCCUCUUCUGUAGAAGCGCCUGAAAUGCCGGGGCUGGUGUGCUAAGUCGCGGCGGCGACGCGGGCCACGGCGACAGCGCUGGGACCCUGUCCGGAAACUCCGCCCCCUUGUCCCCGUGCCCGUCUGCGUCCCCAGGCUCGGAGGCAGGUUUCGUCGCUUGUGAACGUGUGACAGUCCCUCCAGCAGCGGGAGAAGGCGACGCGGCACAAGGAGGUGACUUUAACACCUCGCAAGGCCCCCGGGGCCUGUUUGCUGUUUGGGACAGAAAGAUGACGUUUUGAGAGAAGGUCAUCCUGGAAGAACGAGGGCUCCAAAAAUGUUUCCCUUGAAGGAUGCUGAAAUGGGCGCCUUCACCUUCUUCGCCUCGGCUCUGCCCCAUGAUGUUUGUGGGAGCAACGGGCUUCCUCUCACACCAAAUUCCAUCAAAAUCUUAGGGCGCUUUCAAAUCCUCAAGACCAUCACCCAUCCCAGACUGUGCCAGUAUGUGGAUAUUUCUAGGGGAAAGCAUGAAAGGCUGGUGGUCGUGGCCGAGCACUGCGAACGGAGCCUGGAAGACUUGCUUCGAGAAAGGAAACCCGUGAGCUGUUCAAAAGUUUUGUGCAUAGCAUUUGAGGUACUUCAAGGCUUGCAGUAUAUGAACAAACAUGGUAUAGUACACCGGGCACUGUCUCUUCAUAAUAUCUUGUUGGACCGAAAGGGACAUAUUAAAUUGGCUAAAUUUGGACUUUAUCACAUGACAGCUCAUGGUGAUGAUGUUGAUUUCCCUAUAGGGUACCCAUCAUACUUGGCACCUGAGGUAAUUGCACAAGGAAUUUCCAAAGCCACGGAUCAUGUGCCAAGUGAAAAACCAUUGCCUUCUGGCCCAAAGUCGGAUGUAUGGUCUCUUGGAAUUAUUUUAUUUGAGCUUUGUGUGGGAAGGAAAUUAUUUCAGAGCUUGGAUAUUUCUGAAAGACUAAAGUUUGUGCUUACUUUGGACUGCGUAGACGACACUGUAACUGUUCUGGCAGAAGAGCACGGUUGUCUGGACACCAUAAAGGAACUUCCUGAAAACGUGAUAGAUCUUUUGAAGAAGUGCCUCACCUUCCAUCCUUCUAAGAGGCCGACCCCGGAUGAAUUGCUGAGGGACAGAGUGUUCACUGAAGUGUCACCUUCAUACACCCCCUUCUCCAAACCCGCCGGGCUGUUCUCAUCUUCUCUGAGAUGUGCAGAUUUAACUCUGCCGGAGGACAUCAGCCAGCUGUGCAAAGAUAUAGACAGUGAUUACCUGGCAGAAAGAUCUAUUGAAGAAGUUUAUUACCUUUGGUGUUUGGCGGGAGGUGACUUGGAGAAAGAGCUUGUCAACAAGGAAAUCAUCCGGUCUAAACCACCCAUCUGCACACUCCCCAAUUUUCUCUUUGAAGAUGGUGAAAGCUUUGGACAAGGUCGAGAUAGAAGCUCACUUUUAGAUGAUACCACUGUGACAUUGUCAUUGUGUCAGCUAAGAAAUAGAUUAAAAGAUGUUGGUGGAGAAGCAUUUUACCCAUUACUUGAAGAUGACCAGUCUAAUUUACCUCACUCAAACAGCAAUAAUGAGCUGUCUGCAGCUGCCACUCUGCCUUUGAUCAUCAGAGAGAGGGACACAGAGUACCAGCUAAACAGAAUUAUUCUCUUUGACAGGCUGCUAAAGGCUUAUCCGUAUAAAAAAAAUCAAAUCUGGAAAGAAGCACGAGUUGACAUUCCUCCCCUUGUGAGAGGUUUGACCUGGGCUGCUCUUCUGGGAGUUGAGGGGGCUAUUCAUGCCAAGUACGAAGCAAUUGAUAAAGACACUCCGAUUCCUACAGAUAGACAAAUUGAAGUGGAUAUUCCUCGCUGUCAUCAAUACGAUGAGCUGCUGUCAUCACCAGAAGGUCAUGCCAAGUUUAGACGCGUAUUAAAAGCCUGGGUAGUGUCUCAUCCUGAUCUUGUGUAUUGGCAAGGUCUUGACUCACUCUGUGCUCCAUUUCUGUAUCUGAAUUUCAAUAAUGAAGCCCUGGCUUAUGCAUGUAUGUCAGCUUUUAUUCCCAAAUACCUGUAUAACUUCUUCUUAAAAGACAACUCACAUGUAAUACAAGAGUAUCUGACGGUGUUCUCUCAGAUGAUUGCAUUCCAUGACCCAGAGCUGAGUAACCAUCUCAACGACAUCGGCUUUAUUCCAGAUCUCUAUGCCAUCCCUUGGUUUCUCACCAUGUUCACUCACGUAUUUCCACUGCACAAGAUUUUCCACCUCUGGGAUACCUUACUGCUUGGGAACUCCUCGUUCCCCUUCUGCAUCGGAGUCGCGAUUCUCCAGCAGCUGCGGGACCGGCUUCUGGCUAAUGGCUUCAAUGAGUGCAUUCUUCUCUUCUCCGAUUUACCAGAAAUUGACAUUGAACGCUGUGUGCGAGAAUCCAUCAACCUGUUUUGCUGGACUCCUAAAAGUGCCACCUACAGACAGCACGCUCAGCCGCCAAAGCCGGCCCCCGACGGCAGUGGGGUCAGGAGUUCGCCGUAUUUCCCUUCCGAGUGUCUGGAUCCUCCAAAGACAGAUCUGUCCAGAGAAUCCAUCCCAUUAAGUGACCUGAAGUCAGAAGUGUCACCGCGGAUUUCUGCCGAGGACCUGAUCGACUUGUGUGAGCUCACUGUGACAGGCCACUUCAAAACACCCACUAAGAAAACAAAGUCCGGCAAACCAAAGCUUCUGGUGGUUGACAUUCGGCACAGUGAAGAUUUCAUUCGGGGCCACAUUUCAGGCAGCGUCAACAUUCCGUUCAGCACGGCGUUCACCGCGGAGGGGGAGCUGGCCCAGGGCCCCUGCACCGCUCUGCUCCAGAACUUCCGAGGGAAGGUCAUUGUCAUCGUGGGGCACGUGGCGAAGCACACGGCGGAGGCCGUUGUACGUGUCCAGCAGUCCUGCCUCAGAAGCACAGGCUAAAGGUAGCAUUGACCUUUGACACCGACUGAAGGUCAUCCUCGGUGAUGGACGCACUAAGGAGGGAUCUGAGUGAGUAUCGGUUCUGAGUCAUAAAUCACCCGUGUUUGUGUAACUGUAUCUGGCACCUGACAGCCAGCGACCCACACCUGUCUCAGAGAAAGUCACCAUAGUAACUAACCACCUUAAUGUGUGUGUCAAGUAAGUGAGAGUAUUUGAUAACUAAAGCCAUGAUAGCUAUAUUAUUUUGAUGUUAGUUAAUAGCAAUUAUUAUUUUACUACUGCUAUACUACUGCUGCUACAUUAAUUGGUAUCGCCAUAUCAUGUCAGUGAAAAAUGUGAAUUUUCAGUCAUAUUGGAAAAAUACUAUUGAAAAUCACAUAUUUUUAGGUUCCAAGUAAUAUAUGGUCUCAAGAGGAAAUUCCAACACUGAUGAUAACCCCAAUUAUGGACUGGUUUUUAUUAUGCUAGAUGCUGUCAUAAGUAUGUUACAGAUAUUAUCUCAUUUUAUUCUUUAUAACAAUUCUGUGCGCGAGCCGUUAUAGACACGUCACACGUGAGAGAGACUCAGACUCCUGUGUCCGGCCAGGAUGGAGACCCGGGUCUGUGACACGUGACAGGUGACGCCCGUAACUCAGUGAGCUCCCAACACUGUUGAGUUCAAAUGCUGCCCCUUCUCCUGUUUCCUAAAAUGUGCUUAUUCUGACUUUGCACGGACCACUGUCCUUAGUGAAGGAAACAAAGACCUGAAGUAAACUUGUGUGCUGGGAGUGCCAACAAGCUCAGGGCUCCAGUUUCUGAAAGCAUUCACCAUUUGAAAGAUGGUGUCUAAUAAGUAGACCAUGUAUGAUUUAAUCCUCCUAAAUUUGCCA